AUGCAAAGUGGUGACUUUGAGGAGUGGAAAAAUCUGGAGUUAAAUGAGGAGAAAGAUAAGCGAAAAAUCGAGCCCACUUCAAUCCAAAUUGGUGAAGAAAAGAGUGAAAACUCAGCAAGUUCAACUGCUGAAUUUACCCAGAAUGCUACAACAUCUGUUCAGCAAUCUGCGACAGAAAAGUGUUUGAGCAAGCCACCUCCACCAUUUCCUCAAAGAUUUCAAAAACAGCAACAAGAUGGUCAAUUCCAAAGGUUUUUAGACGUUUUGAAGCAACUCCAUAUCAAUAUACCACUAGUGGAGGCCUUGGAGCAAAUGCCAAAUUAUGCAAAGUUUUUGAAGGACAUUUUGACUAAGAAAAGGAGACUUGGUGAAUUUGAAAUGAUGGCCUUGACGGAAGGCUGUAGUGCCAUGUUGAAGAGUAAAAUUCCUCCUAAGUUGAAGGAUCCGGGUAGCUUUACAAUUCCUUGUUCUAUUGGUGGAAGAGAUGUGGGUAGAGCUUUAUGUGAUUUGGGAGCUAGUAUUAACUUAAUGCCUAUGUCUAUUUUCAAGAAGUUGGGAAUUGGAGAAGCAAGGCCAACAACCGUCACUUUGCAAUUGGCAGAUCGUUCUAUGGCUCACCCAGAAGAAAAAAUUGAAGAUGUUCUAGUGCAAGUUGAUAAGUUCAUUUUCCCGGCCCAUUUUAUAAUUCUUGACUAUGAGGCGGAUAGAGAUGUUCCUAUUAUUUUGGGUAGGCCAUUUCUAGCUACCGGGAGGACUUUAAUUGAUGUGCAAAAAGGAGAGCUUACUAUGAGGGUGAAUGACCAACAAGUAACUUUUAAUGUGUUCAAUGCUAUGAAGUUUCCGGAUGAGGUUGAGGAAUGCUCUCGAUUGAGUGUAAUUGAGUCACUUGUAGCUGAAAAGUUCCACGAAGACGUUUUUAAAGAUGGAAUGGGGGUGAGUUCACUUGAAGAGCUUGAAGCCAUAAGUGAAAAGGAGGAAACCCAAGUUACAUGGGUAGAAUUACAGCAGCCCUUUACCAAAUUCCGAAGGCCUUUUGAGUCUCUAGACUUGUCGGGAGGGAAUUUCAAGCCUCCUAAGCCCUCUAUUCAAGAGCCACCAAAAUUAGAGUUAAAGCCUUUGCCUAGUCACUUGAAGUAUGCUUAUUUGGGAGAUAACGAGACUUUUCCCGUGAUUAUUUCAGCAGUGUUAGGAGCUGAGUAUGAACGUUUGUUGCUUGAUGUGUUGAAGAAAUACACAAGAGCUAUUGGUUGGACCAUGGCGGAUAUCAAGGGUAUAAGUCCUUCAUUUUGUAUGCAUAAAAUUCUGUUGGAAGAUUGCUGUAAUAAUUCUGUUGAGUAG